AUGCUGCGGCCACUCUUUCCCCGAUGCCCCUCGGCCCUGCAGGCUGCGGCAGCGGCAUCGCGGCCGUCGUCACGGUCAGUGCUGGGCUCGUGGAAGGCGGCGACGGCAGCGCGGCGCCAGUAUAGCAUCAAACCCCACGCCGCGUCCGUGUUCCAGCCCCAGGACAUUGACCCGAGCAAGCUGGUGCUGGAGAAGACGAAGAGUCCCAAGACGCUGAAGAAGCCCGAGGACCUGGUGUUUGGGAGGAAUUUCACAGACCACAUGCUCACGAUUGAGUGGAACGAGACGACGGGGUGGCUGGAGCCGCGGAUCCAGCCGUACCAGAACCUGUCGCUGGACCCGGCGACGUGCGUGUUCCACUACGCCUUCGAGUGCUUCGAAGGGAUGAAGGCGUACAAGGACAAGGCGGGCCGGAUCCGGCUGUUCCGGCCCGACAAGAACAUGGCGCGCAUGAACAAGUCGGCGGCGCGCAUCGCCCUACCCACGUUCGCGCCCACGGCCAUGAUCGACCUCAUCGCCGCCUUCGCCAAGCUCGAGAGCCGCUUCAUUCCCGAACAGAAGGGCUACUCGCUGUACCUGCGCCCGACCAUGAUCGGCACCCAGAAGACGCUCGGCGUCGGCCCGCCCGGCUCCGCCCUGCUGUAUGUCAUCGCCUCGCCCGUCGGCCCCUACUACCCCACCGGCUUCAAGGCCGUGUCGCUCGAGGCGACCGACUACGCCGUGCGUGCCUGGCCCGGCGGCGUCGGCGACAUGAAGCUGGGCGCCAACUACGCGCCGUGCAUCGUGCCGCAGCGCGAGGCCAUGAGCCGCGGCUUCCAGCAGAACCUGUGGCUGUUCGGCGAGGAGGAGUUCGUGACCGAGGUCGGCACCAUGAACUUCUUCGUGGCGCUGCGCAAUCGCGAGACGGGCCAGAAAGAGCUGCUGACGGCGCCCCUGGACGGCACCAUCCUCGAGGGCGUUACGCGCGACUCGGUGUUGGCGCUGGCGCGCGAGCGGCUGGUGCCCGAGGGCUGGAAGGUCGAGGAGCGCCGGUUCUCCAUGAAGGAGGUGGCCGAGGCGUCGGCCGAGGGCCGCCUGAUCGAGGCGUUUGGCGCCGGCACCGCCGCCAUCGUCAGCCCCGUGCGCGCCAUCAGCUGGAAGGGCCAGCUGAUCAACUGCGGGCUCAAGGACCACGAGGAGUCGGGCGAGCUCACCCUCAAGGUCAAGUCGUGGAUCGAGGCCCGCCAGUACGGCGACGAAGAGCACGAGUGGAGCUACGUGUGUUAG